CUUAAAAUUAAAAUAAUUUCUUAAGGACAUAUAGACAGAAUGUAUUUGUCAGUCAUCCUUCUUUUUCUUUAUAGAUUUUUACUUAUGAUAGAAAAACGGCACCAGAGAUCAUCGAGAAAGAACAAAAUGAUUAUAUCAAGAAAAAUGAAGAUCAUUUUGCUAAGCUAAUUGCUGAGGUAAAGAAAAGAAGAGCAGAUGCCAAGAGAGCAAAGGAGUCGAAGAAGGAGCAAUCAGAGGAAGUGAAUACGAAAUCUGAAGAAGGAAAUGUGGCUCUUAAUGCAGGAAAGAGCAGGUUGCGUCCUAAAAGUACGAGUGAGGAUGAUGAGCUCAAGAGUAGAAAUAAUGAAAGUGAGAGAGAACAGCAGACAGGCAAAAUUAAAAAAUUAUUUUCUCUGUUUAACUCUAACACAUUAACAGAUGGUGUUCUUAGUGAACAAGAGAAAUCCAAAGAAAAUUGUGUAAAUGAUAGUACAGUUUCUGAUGGUGAAAUUCCUGAAAAUAAUGAUGAAAUCAGAAGUGCCAAAGUAAAUUUAGUAGAACCACCUCUGACAUCUAGCACUGUGAAUAGACAGAAAGUUGAUAAAGAUGGAUUUUCAACUGUAAAAAAUAUAAUGGAAGAAUCCUGUGAAAACACUGUGGUAGAACCCAGUCCAGACUUUUUUUCUGGAAGUCCAGCAGGUUCACAAUCAAGUUGUGGUAGCUUUAGUUUGCUCCAAGACUGUGAUCCUCUCAUCAUACAAAAUCCUGAGCUUCUAGGAGAUAAUUUAGAAGAAAAUGAAGAUGAAGACAUAAUUCCAGGCCAUCAGCCUGAAAGCUGCUCAGAUGAUCAGGAAUCUGUGAAGACCCCAAGCCCACAGUUAGGGAGAAGAUCUACCAGAAGCAACAAGACAUUUGGUGCACUCCCUGUGCCAGCCUUGCAGGAGUUGGGCCCAGAGACACAGUCACUUUUGGAGGACUCUCAAGGGGACCCAGACUACAUACCAUCUCAACUACUAGAUGCUGUAGAUCCCGAGGACAUAGACUUAAAUCCCUCACAAAGUCAGACAAGAAGAUCAACUCGGAAGCGCAAGGUUGCCCAGGAUGCUCUCACCAAGGCAACAAGGAGAAGAAAGAGAUAAAUCAAGAGUAAUAAAAAAUAGAGUAAAUGUGCUAGUACAAAUAUUUGUUUCCAUAAAUGAUGUAUACAAAGAAAAAAAUAUUUUAUGUACACAACUUAAUAUUUUUUUUAAUAAUGUAAUGUUUAUUUUAUAUUAACUUCAUAAUAAUUUACAGUGGAAAGAAAGUUUGACUGGAAGAAGAAAUAGAUGUACUUGGGGUAUGGUCAUGGAUAUUUUCAGUCACAGCAUUUAAUAAUAGGGUACAAGACCGUGUCUGUAGUUUAUUUAAAUAUAUGAAAAAAUACAA